AUGGUCAGAUUUUCUAAAAACUGUCAUCUAGUUACUAUAUGGUUUGAAGAGAAAAAAAAAAUGAAAAACCCAGUUGAAAAUAACCACUCUGACCCUGUGAGUGAAUUCAUUCUUCUUGGAUUCCCUUGUUCCUGGGAGAUUCAGAUCCUCCUCUUCUCAUUCUUCUUUGCAAUCUAUGUCCUGACACUAACUGGAAACCUGUGCAUUAUCUCUGCAGUGUGGUGGGACAACCAUCUCCACACCCCCAUGUACAUCCUGCUGGCCAAUUUUUCCUUCCUGGAGAUCUGGUAUGUCACUUCUACUGUCCCCAGUAUGCUAGCCAACUUGCUCUCUGAGACCAGCACCAUCUCCUUCUAUGGCUGCUUCCUCCAGUUCUACUUCUUCUUCUCCAUGGGUACCACUGAGACCUUCUUCUUGUCUGCCAUGGCCUUUGACAGGUACCUUGCUAUCUGCAGGCCCCUGCACUAUCCCACUGUCAUGACUGUUCAGCGCUGCAUCAGAAUAGGAGCUGGGUGCUGGGUGUGUGGCUUCUCCUGUUUUCUCCUCCCAGUUUACCUCAUCUCCCAACUUCCUUUCUGUGGUCCCAAUACAAUCGAUCAUUUUUUAUGUGACCCAGGGCCCCUUAUGAAGCUGUCCUGUGUGCCACCUCGUGCUACUGAGAUCAUCUGUGCCAUCUUUAACUCAGUCCUCAUUUUCUCCACCUUCCUCUUCAUUACCAGCUCCUAUACUCUGGUGAUCAGAUCUGUGCUGAGGGUCCCCUCAGCAGAAGGUCGGCAUAAGGCCUUCUCCACGUGUGGCUCCCAUCUUGCUAGGUUGGGACCAAUGAAUGUGUCCAGCACAGAAACCACCAACUCUGUCAGCCACUUCAUCCUCAUGGGCUUUCCUUCAAGCCCAGAAAUGCAGCUCCUCUACUUUGUGCUCUUCUCAGUAGUCUACACCCUGACUCUGAUGGGGAAUGCAACCAUUGUCUGUGCUGUGCGGUGGGACCGGCGUCUUCACACCCCCAUGUACAUCUUCUUGGGGAAUUUCUCGCUCCUGGAAAUAUGUUAUGUCACCACGACCAUCCCUAAUAUGUUGGCCAAUUUCCUGUCCACAAGCCUGCCAUCUGCAGACUCCACUACAGAAUCUAAAGCAGACACUUGUCUCAGCACCAGCCCUUUAGACCAUGGUUCUAAAUUUCCCCCAUCCAAGGAUCAGCGAGGACCCACACUACCUGCCCAAAACCCUGCAAAGAGUCCUGACAUCAGACUUCACUGCAGACCCAGCAGCAGCUACAUGAUCCAGCUCAAAUCUACAACUACAAUCCUAUAA